CCAGCGUCGCCCCUCGCCCGCCCGCCCGCCUUAAAUGUGACACCGGCGCGUCGGAGUGCGACCCGAAGCCGCCGCCGGGUAGGGGACGAGCACCAUGUCGAAUCUGAGCAAAGGCACGGGCAGCCGGAAGGACACCAAGAUGCGGAUCCGGGCCUUUCCGAUGACCAUGGAUGAAAAAUACGUAAACAGCAUUUGGGACCUUCUGAAAAAUGCAAUUCAAGAAAUCCAGCGUAAGAAUAACAGUGGUCUUAGUUUUGAGGAGCUCUAUAGAAAUGCAUAUACAAUGGUUUUGCAUAAACAUGGAGAAAAGCUCUACACUGGACUAAGAGAAGUUGUUACCGAACAUCUCAUAAAUAAGGUGCGAGAAGAUGUACUAAAUUCAUUGAAUAACAACUUUCUUCAAACACUAAAUCAAGCUUGGAAUGAUCAUCAAACAGCUAUGGUGAUGAUUAGAGACAUACUAAUGUAUAUGGACCGUGUAUACGUACAACAAAAUAACGUAGAGAAUGUCUACAAUUUGGGAUUAAUUAUUUUUCGAGAUCAAGUUGUACGUUAUGGGUGUAUUAGGGAUCAUCUUCGGCAAACUCUAUUGGAUAUGAUUGCAAGAGAGCGGAAAGGAGAAGUUGUAGACAGAGGCGCAAUAAGGAAUGCUUGCCAGAUGUUAAUGAUUUUAGGUCUCGAAGGAAGAUCUGUCUAUGAAGAAGAUUUUGAAGCUCCUUUUUUGGAAAUGUCUGCAGAAUUUUUUCAGAUGGAAAGCCAGAAAUUUUUAGCAGAAAACAGUGCUUCAGUAUAUAUAAAGAAAGUAGAAGCUAGAAUUAAUGAAGAAAUAGAACGGGUGAUGCACUGCCUUGACAAAUCAACCGAAGAGCCCAUUGUAAAGGUAGUUGAGAGAGAACUUAUUUCCAAGCACAUGAAGACUAUAGUAGAAAUGGAGAAUUCUGGGCUAGUACAUAUGUUAAAAAAUGGAAAGACAGAAGACCUUGCUUGCAUGUACAAGUUAUUUAGUCGUGUGCCAAAUGGUUUGAAGACAAUGUGUGAAUGUAUGAGUUCUUAUUUACGGGAACAAGGUAAAGCCCUUGUUUCUGAGGAAGGAGAAGGAAAGAAUCCAGUUGACUAUAUUCAAGGCUUAUUGGACCUGAAGAGUAGAUUUGAUCGCUUCCUUCAGGAAUCAUUCAAUAAUGACCGGCUCUUUAAACAGACUAUUGCUGGUGAUUUUGAGUAUUUCCUUAACCUCAACUCCAGGUCUCCCGAAUACCUCUCAUUAUUUAUUGAUGAUAAGCUGAAAAAGGGAGUCAAAGGGCUAACAGAACAAGAAGUAGAAACAAUAUUGGAUAAGGCAAUGGUCCUUUUUAGGUUUAUGCAAGAAAAAGAUGUAUUUGAACGUUAUUAUAAACAACACCUGGCAAGGAGACUUCUCACGAAUAAAAGUGUUUCUGAUGAUUCUGAAAAAAAUAUGAUAUCUAAAUUAAAGACUGAAUGCGGAUGUCAGUUUACUUCAAAACUGGAAGGAAUGUUUAGGGAUAUGAGCAUCUCAAACACAACAAUGGAUGAAUUCAGGCAACAUCUACAGGCAACUGGGGUAUCUUUAGGUGGUGUUGAUCUCACAGUCCGGGUGCUCACGACUGGAUAUUGGCCCACUCAGUCAGCCACACCAAAGUGCAACAUCCCACCAGCACCAAGACAUGCUUUUGAAAUAUUUAGAAGGUUCUACCUAGCCAAACACAGUGGUCGACAGCUCACACUCCAGCAUCAUAUGGGUUCUGCAGAUCUCAAUGCCACUUUUUAUGGUCCAGUUAAAAAGGAAGAUGGAUCUGAAGUUGGUGUUGGAGGUGCACAAGUAACUGGCUCAAAUACACGGAAGCAUAUAUUGCAAGUUUCCACUUUCCAGAUGACCAUAUUAAUGCUCUUUAAUAAUAGAGAAAAAUACACAUUUGAGGAAAUUCAACAAGAAACAGAUAUCCCUGAAAGAGAGCUGGUUAGAGCCCUACAGUCCCUCGCCUGUGGUAAACCAACACAGCGGGUUCUUACGAAAGAACCAAAGUCAAAGGAAAUAGAAAAUGGUCACAUAUUUACAGUUAAUGAUCAGUUCACAUCCAAACUACACAGAGUCAAGAUUCAGACAGUUGCUGCCAAACAAGGUGAAUCAGACCCAGAAAGGAAAGAAACAAGGCAGAAAGUAGACGAUGACAGAAAACAUGAGAUAGAAGCUGCUAUAGUGCGAAUAAUGAAAUCUAGAAAGAAGAUGCAGCACAAUGUUUUAGUAGCAGAGGUAACUCAGCAGUUGAAGGCACGAUUCUUACCAAGUCCAGUUGUUAUUAAGAAACGUAUUGAAGGACUUAUUGAGAGAGAAUAUUUGGCACGAACACCUGAGGAUCGCAAAGUAUACACAUAUGUAGCAUAAAAUGUGUUCAGAAAUUUGAUUUAUUCUUGGACUGUAUUCUUCGCAUGGACUGGGAAGUUCUUUUAAAUCAUUAAUAUUAAGACGACCAUCUCUUCUAUUAAAUUACAGUACGUGUUCUAGACCAUUCAGAUCAAGCCUUUACUCCCUUUGAGAGUUUUCAACAUCAAAUUGAUUGAGCUUCAGGCUUUACGACGUUUAUCCCUGUAGAGAUCAUCUUUACAGUUCCUCGGGAAAAUGUGAAUGUGCCGCGUUUUGUUUUCAAUACUGUAUGAAAACAGGAAAAAAUAAACAAAACUUUAGAAAAUACAGCUCAUUAAAAUAAAAUUGUUGGAUUUCACUUC